GAUGGCACCUGUGGUUUUGUUCUUGAAUCCUAGCGCAUUUUAUUUACCAUCAUAUAUAUGUUUUGAAAUCUGACAACUAUCUUUACUUUGCGCUUUUAGGAGGAGGGUUGCAAGAUUAUCUGCUUAAUCGAAUGUAUGGAUACAUAUUGGAGCUGGUUUUACUUUGGCCAUAACAGUUGUAAGAGCAAAGCCUUAAUACUCAAAUCUAAGGAAGGUGGAAUUUUGUUUUCAAAUGAGAAGCCAUUGUUCUGGUGCACAUCUUGUCAUGCUACGGUCACGAGUGUAGCACCAAAGUGAGUUUAACCUGGUUUUUAACGUACUCCAUUAUGUUUUAAAUAUAAUUGUUAAUUCAGCCGAACUAUUUAUGAUCUUCCUGAUCAGGUACAAACUGCAUAUGUUUGUCAAAGAUGACACAAGUACUUGCAAACUGAUGAUGCUUGAUUCUGUUCGUAAACUCAUUGUCGGAUGUGAAGCUGAAGAACUUUGGGAUGGCUCCUAUGAUGAAGUUACUAUCUAUUUGUUUUUUUUUGUUGGUUUAACUAUGAUGGUUUUAUUGAGUCACAAAAGUUUUAUUUUUAUAUUAUUCUUUGAGUAUGCAGAUUGAAGAUCCGACAUAUUUGCCUCAACCUAUUCGAGAUUUAGUUGGUAAAUCUCUGUGUUUUGGUGUCACUCUUAGUUCUGAAAAUGUUGCAAAUGGAUCAGAUGUCUUUCUGGUUUCACAAGUUUGUUCUGGGGAUAAGAUUCUUCAGAUCGAGUCAAAUUCAGACCCCAUGACUCAUGUUAUGGAUGGUUCAUCAAUCACGUCUGGUGGAGAGGUUUAUGUGUCGGAAAAGAACAGUCAGAAUUCAUCUGAAGGAACCUCAACCCCAUUCUCAAAGCACAAAGAAAAAGAUCAACUUGAUCAGAAUUCGACUUCAAAGAAAAUUUGUUCCAAGUCUGUCAAGAUGGAGAAAAUUAAAGAUGAUUAGCUGGAAGUAGAAGGUGUCAGGCGAUGGGGGUGAUUUCUUUCUUGCUUAUUUUUUUGCUUUUGGCUUUUUUAAGAGUUGUGGUGUUUUAAUAAUGUCUGUUGUUUCUUGAAACAGACAAUUUGAUCUCUUUAUUAAACUUAAUAAUUAUGCGUUUUGGUUUUCCUAA